CAAGAAGGACAAGAAGAACAAGAAGGACAAGAAGAACAAGAAGAACAAGAAGAACAAGAAGAACAAGAAGAACAAGAAGAACAAGAAGAACAAGAAGAACAAGAAGAACAAGAAGAACAAGAAGAACAAGAAGAACAAGAAGAACAAGAAGAACAAGAAGAACAAGAAGAUCAACAAGAACAAGAAGAAGAUCAACAAGAACAACAAGAUCAAGAGGAACAAAAAGAAAAAGAAAAAAAACAAGAUUAAGACAAGAUCAAGACAAGAAAGAAAAGAAAGAUAAAUCAAAACAUAAAUGAAUGGAAAUGCAUUAGGAAUCUUUUGAAGAAAGGUUUCGUUUAUUUGGGACCUGAAACGUAUGGUUUUUGCGAAGAGUGGAAUGUGAACAAAAAUUCAAGAGUAAAUGCAAUAUUACCGUUAAGAACAAGAUUUUAUUGGUGGGGUGUUCCAACACUGCUUAAUUUUCGAAGUUUUGUACUGAGUUUAAAAACCAUUAAAACUAAAAAAAAUUAAUAAAAAUUAUAGGGCCGAAUAGACGAAACAGUUUUGUAGAUCAAUUUUCGAAAAAUAUUAUUUGACGAAAUAUUGUUAAAAAAAUACACGCAAAAAAUUUUUGGUCAAUAAUUAUUCAAUUUUUAAAUUUAUAUAAUAUUUUUGUAUACAUACACUAUACAAAAAACAAUCUGAAUUUAAUUUAUCAUAACAUCGGGGAAACAAUUUUGUGCUCUUUAAUCUUUUCAAGCAGUUUCCUUCUGUUCAUAAAAGAAAAGUUAGAAAAAAAGAACUGUAUGGGUGAAAGAUUGGCUCCAUCACAGAAGGGAAGCGUAUAAUACAGUUCUGAACGAAUUAAAAUUGACGGAUUUUGAGAACUACCGAAGCUAUUUAAGAAUGAACACGGAUAUUUUCAGGUAAUUUUGCAUAUCAAGGGUAUAUCACUGUGACAGUAUUUUAGAAACUCAUUGACAUCGUUAGGCCCAAGAUUCAAAAACAGCGAACAAUGUUGCGAUAUCCAAUUUCACCUUCACUACUAUUAGCUUAAGUCACACGUAAUUAAUUAAUUAAUCUAGUACAAUUAAUGUGUUCAAUAAAUUAAUCUGUAGUGUGAUCACGGGAGUUUUUAAAUAAUUAAUUUUCAUCUGAUGAACCCAUGUAAUGAAUGAACAAGAUUCAUUACAUGAAGUAACUAAUCUGAAUUUUCUAUUAAAUUGAAUAAAGAAAUAGUUAGCUGAAGUCACACAGAUUAAUCAUUUUCAGAUUCAUUAUACAUGUGUUGUGAAUUUACCGUAAUUUCCCAGAAUAAUCAGAUUUAGAUUAUUAAUUAAUCAGACUUAUUAAUUAAUUCGGUCGUGUGACUUAGGCUAUUUACUCUCUUUUACGUGCAUAAAAACAUUUGAAAUGAAUGAAAAUGCUGAGUGUAAGUUUCGAAAAAAAGUGAGCAGCUUGUGAUUUCCUUUGAAAUAUUAUUGUUCUGACGAAAAAUCGGUCAAAUAAAAACAAACCAAUUUGAUUUUAUUAGGUCAAUUUUUGAAUAUUGAUUUGUGUUCUUACGUCAUUUUAGUAUCAUCGUUCUAUUACUUUUUAAUGAUAUAUACACAACAAUUUUAGAUCAAAUUUAGUUCAAUAUUUUAUUUUGAGAAUUGAUAUGCAAAAUUGUUUCGUCAAUUCGGGCCUUUACUAAUUUAAAAUUAACUAAACUGUGACUUAUUUCUUCUGAUAUUUCGUUUGAAAUUGAAUAGAGUUCACUAAAGACAAUGCCAGAAUUUUGACUUAUUAUUAGAUUUUUCGACUUUUUGCACCAUAAAUGUGCCAUUAUCUAUCUAUCGUAAUUUUGAUAUUGUCCCGAAGUAUUUACUCUUUUGACAGCUUUUUAAUGACGUAAUUGCUUUUUAUAUUGACGAAUUUAAUUUCUGUAUAUUCACCUUUGAUGAAAAUUGGGAAGAUAGCAGGAAAAUAGCAAUUUUGGGCGUUUUCAUGUUGACACUAUAUAAACUUUUUAAAUCAAACUGUAGAAAGUCUACUUCAAAUAUAAUUGCUUCGGCUUUCUCAGUCCCAACUUCCAGGUACAAAUAUCCUUGGAUAUUAUAUUACGCCCUUUGGAAAAGCAAUAGUCAACAAGUAAACGUAACCAGUAUGAAAUAACCUGACGCCACUUUUAUUGUUCAUUUUCCAGUUGUUUCUUCUCAAAACUUGAUGGAAAAAAGAGGACAAGCCAGAAGUUUCUAAGUAGCAAAUAUAAAUUCUUGUUAGAGAAGGGAUGCAACGAUUAUUAUUUCUUCUUUUUAGAGUAAGAAUAAUGUAUCGACAUUUGUUGACACUUUUCUUUUUCUCACACGUACCUUUAAAGGUGGCAUGUGAGAUACUUAGAGGAAGUGGUACGUUCCGUCUCAAUGGGAUAUUUCCAAUCAAAUACGGCAAGAGAAUUAAUUAUCAGUCUGGAAUUAUGAUGGCAGAAGCAAUGAGAUAUGCAGUGGAAAAAAUUAAUAACGAAACCGACUUUUUAUCUGGUUACAAACUAGGUAUUUACAGAGUCAUAGAUAUGGGCAUGAGACGCAAAAUACGAAUGUCUGUUUUGUCGACGUUUAUGGGACACAUUCCAUUCCUAAUUGGCCCGCAUACGUCCGAAACAUCAUAUAUAACAAGCAUACUUACUGGCACUUUCCGCCAAGUUGUGGUGAGCUAUGGCGCCACAUAUAGCGACUUCGAUAAAACCGGUACAGCAUAUGGUCACAUGGUACGAACAGUGCCUUCUGAUAGAUUCAGAAUACAAGUUGUCCUUGAUGUGAUUGGCUCCUUGAAAUGGAAUUAUAUAGCUCUUAUUAAUUCUUAUGGUUACGACGGCGAAAGAGAAGCGCGCAAUUUUAUUUCGAAAUUAUCAACAAUUAAUGUUUGUUUAGCUGAACUAAUAGAUUUACCAAGUGAACCAAAACUAAAACAUUAUAUGGACGCAAUCUUGAGCCUGAAUUUGGAUCAGCGAUUAAAAGCGGUUGUAUUGUUCACGACGAUCGAUGAUUCUCGAUUUUUACUUGAAACAAUUCUAAAGUUGAAAUUAGGUGGCAGGUUUUAUCUGCUGUGUGCUUACGGUUGCACAAAUUAUAUCGAAGUCGUGAAAGGUUACGAAGAGACAGCCCUGGGUACCCUAAGCAUUGACCUACACCACCCAGAGAAUAUUGAGUUUAAAAAAUAUUUCCUAUCUCAAAACCCAUGGAACAAUCCUCAGCGGUACUUUAAAUUAUUUUGGGAGAAUCUUUUCAAUUGCACUUUAAAUAAUAAAAUUAAAAGUCGCAAACGCUUUUGCAGCAGAAGUAGUAAAUUGGGAGUUGGCCAUGGUUAUUAUCCCAUUACCCCUGUUCACACUGUCAUAGAUGCUGUCAAUUCAGUAGGUAAAGCUGUGAGAAGUUUGUUACAGUUGUUUUGUCGGCAGGAAAAUAAAAGAAGCGUGGAAAACAAAACCUGGUGCAACAUUAAUGCUACCAAACGAGAUAUAUACUCCUACACAGUGUUUACUAUCUUAAAACAAAUGGCUUAUAUAGAUGGCACUAUAAACACAAAAAAGUCUCAAUACGUGCAAUAUGAUGUACAUAGCUUCAACAAUGUAAAUGGUGCAUAUAAAAACAUUUUAAUUGGAACAUGGAAAAUCAAAAGAAAUACUAUGCUUAAAUACGCCCAAGAUGUAUUAAGGAAGAGAAUGGCCAACUUUACCAUGUUCGAUAAGGCAGUGUCUGUAAGAAACGGGACAGAAACUCAGCCAUUGGCGAUAUGCAGUGUUCCGUGUCCUAUUACGCAUAUACGGGUCAAAGAUGCAAACCCACUAAAAGCAAGAUGUUGCUGGACGUGCAAAAUAUGUCCCGUAAAUAGUAUAUCCUUAAAUGACACGUGCAAAUCUUGUCAAAAAACGGAAAUGGCUGAUCAUACAAGAAAAAAGUGCAUUUUACUGCCAGAACAUUUCAUUAACGCAAAGAGUCCGCUUUCAUUACUGUUUUUAUUACUAACAACAGCUGGCUUAUGUUUGACAGUUGUAAUCGUUGUUUUGUUUGUCAGAUUUAAUAACCAUUAUGUUAUCCGAUCCUCGGGACGAGAUCUCUGUUAUAUGAUAUUGUUAGGCAUUGGGUUGACUUUUGCAUGCCCGUUGACAUAUUUAACAAAACCUACUGUUGCUUCUUGCACCUUUAGAGGGACUUUACCUGGUUUAGCCUUUCUAAAAUGUUAUGCUCCGUUGUUUUUAAAAACCAAUCGGAUUUAUCGGAUUUUUCGGAAUGCCAAAACUUCAAUAUCCCGACCAUCUUUAAUAAGUCCACAAUCACAGCUUUUCCUCUUACUUGGAAUUGUUUUCAUACAAUUGUUACUGGCAGGAGUGUGGUUCGCGUCAAAAAUGCCGGCACCGAGUCAAGUUGUUUCUGAUAAAUCGCUUAUUACACUUCAUUGCAAAGGAGAUACUAGUUCAAUAUUACUACUACUUAAUCUUGCACUUAGUGUCAUAUUUAUGAUAGCAUGCACCAUACUGGCUUUUAAAACAAGACAUUUUCCAAAGAAUUACAACGAGGCGAAAUUUAUCGGCAUAACUUUGUAUAUAACUUGCGUAACAUGGUCUAUAUUUCUGCCAACGUACUUCCUAGCAACAGGACAAGAAGAAGCCUUCAUAAAAGAAUAUUUAAUGUGCGGAGUAUGUAUCGUCAACGGGUAUGUAACGCUGGUCGGACUUUUUGGUCAAAAGAUCAAGAUUUUAUUUUCUCCGACGUUACCUGAAUUGAACACGAAGCCUCAAAUGCUAUCCUUAAGUUAUUCAAAACAUUUACACAUAGAAAGAGAAAUCAGUUCUGCACAAGAUUAUAAAAUUGACGAAAAUAUGUUGACUCCUCCGUUGAGAAAAUCAACAACGAUUAUGACAAACGGGAACACGGGUCAACUGAAAAUCGCAAACUCAUAGUAUGUCAUGUACCAAACUCAGAUACGCCAUCAAAACCCAGAGAUCUGUUACUUCGAAUUUUAAACCUCAAACAUUCAUUUAUCUUGAGUUUUUGAUUGAGAAAAUAAAAUAAACUACAAACAGUACGUAAACAGACUGUGGCAAACUAUACACUCAACAUAUGAAGCAAUAGAGAACAUUUGUGUGAAAUAUAAGAACUAUCUUAUUUAAAAUAAUUUAAAAUAAGAUCUUUUCGUCUGUACAGUCUAGUUCCGAAACGUUCAUAAAAAACGGUAA